AUGACUACAAUUUCAGACAUUCUUCCGCCGUCUCGACAAACAUGGGUGUGGGCUACAUUCCUAUUUCAGUUCUUCCCUGUGGUCACUGUGAUUCAAUGGUGUGUGAAUUAUUAUCCAGCUGGAAAAACAUCCAUCCAUAGUCGCUGGAAUCUGCCCGGAAAGUUGGCGUGGGCGACAAUGGAGGUACCUGGCUUCCUGAUGCUACUCUAUUGCCUGCAUACGCUCCCGCCUCUUCUCGAUCUUACGGAAUUACCGAUCGAGAACCAGAUUAUGGCGUCCCUGUUUGUUAUCCACUAUAUCUAUCGUGCCCUUCUUGCGCCCUUCUUAAAUCCAUCCAUGUCGCCUAUUCAUCUUCUCAUCUGGGCCUCGGCCGUCGCAUUUCAGCUUACGAAUGGUCUUGUUAUUGGCGGCUAUUUGGCCGGAUAUGGACCUACAACAUCGGCUGCCUGGCUUGCUACAGUUUCACCUAGCUGGCUCCGUAUUCGUAUGUUUGUCGGAUUCCUCCUGUGGCUACUUGGAUUUGUUGGGAAUAUUAUUCACGAUGAAAUACUUCGUAACAUUCGCCGAUCUGCUCGGUAUCAAAAGGGCCAAGGGAUCGCCUACCGCAAAAUUAAGCAGCGUAUAUUGCGACAUCCAUCAGCCAAGGUGAGUAAGGUUUACGAGCUACCGCGGAAAGGCCUCUUCUCUUGGAUACUAUUUCCGCACUACUUCUGCGAAUGGGCUGAGUGGGCCGGAUGGUGGCUUAUGGGAGGGACCAUGUUUGUGCCGGGUCGGAUCUUUUUGUUCAACGAGAUCGCUACCAUGACACCCCGGGCUCUGCAAGGGAGAGAAUGGUAUAUCAAAAAGUUUGGCGAACAGCGAUUGAAAGGUGUCAAAGCUAUCAUCCCUGGUAUUCUCUAA